AUGGAUACUCCAAUUGGGCUCGAAGGAACUAUAGAUUCAGACUAUUCACUUGAAAAUCGAGAUGAUAUAACCCAUUUUAGACAAUUGGACUCAGUAGGUGAUUCCGAUCAUGGAUCGACUACUGAACAUUUGCCUGAUCCUCGACUGCUGCUGGUACAACCAGAGUUGGCAAACGUGGCUACUUCGACAACUGGCACGAACCAAGAGGGGCAGAUAACGACGCGUGAUGACAAAAGUCAUUCCGAUGCACAGAAUGGCACCAACCAAGUAGACCAUUCACUACUAGAAAUUGAUAAGAUGGAUAUUGAUACACCACGUGAACAGGUUAAUACUCUGCGCACUGCAACUGAGCCAGAACCUGUCGACACCGGUUCUCCCCACAACAACACUACGCUAGCUACCCCCAAUGACCAAUCAGACGAUGCACUUGCGAAAAUCAAACAAAUUCAACUACUUCCCGAAUUGUAUGAUAUCUUGUUCAACUUCACCAAUGGUCAAAUACACCCGCGUGAUUUUGACAAACAUAUAGGCAAUAUGCGAUCAAAACUUAAUAAUUUGAAGCUGUAUAUUCUGGAGAUUGAUGAUAUUGAAGUUACUCCAGAACUGAUGAUGAGUGAAAUUAAUAGAUUGAGGGAAAAUAAUCUCAAGAAGCAGAGUUUGUUGGAAUCGUUUGGAGAUAAAGUGCGAAAUGAGUUUAUGUGA